CAGUUAAUGCAUGUAUCCUUUAAUCAAAAUCUAUCUCAUUACUCCUAUUUUCUUCUUCUUCUCCUUCUCCCAUCCCCUAUCCUCCCCCACCCAGGACGGCGGCGCCACCAUAAACCAGCAGCGUCGUCAUCAGCACCACCAUUUACAAAUUAAAGUGUCUAACCACCAAAAGAAAUGCCAAAAAUUCUACAAAAGAAAUUCUACCAUUGCUUCCCAAACUUCAAAUGUCUUCCCACACUUCUCUCUCUCCCUUUGGACGAAACACAUGAAGAAGAAAAAAUAACAGACGAAGAAAAUACUUUCAAAAACUUCAACUCUGUAUUCAACAUAAUUCCUUCUGAUUCCACCACUGCUUCUAAAUCUCUCACUAAUUCCUCCACAACAACAACAGAAGCAGAAGAAGAAGAAGAAGAAACAGAUAAUCAUAACUAUAUAUUCUCUUCUUUCGAUGACUCUGAUUACUCUGAUCACUCCGAUUCCAAUAACAUUCCAGAUUUCUCAAAUAUCUUCGCUUCUCAAAGAUUCUUCUUCUCGUCUCCUGGUAACUCCAACUCCAUAGUUGAUUUUCCAGCAACAACGACGAGUCUUUCGCCGGAAAAUACCAAAGUUGUCAAUGGUGGUGUUGCUGUUCAGAGGUACUCACCUGAUCCGUAUUCGGAUUUUCGAAGGUCAAUGCAAGAAAUGGUGGAAGCUCAUGAGUUGAAAGACGUGAAAGAUAAUUGGGAGUUUUUGCAUGAGUUAGUACUAUGUUAUUUGAACCUUAAUCCUAAACAUACUCAUAAGUAUAUUAUUGGUGCUUUUUCGGAUCUUGUUGUUUCUCUUGUGUCCUUGGAGGAGGGGAAAAAGACGGAAGGUACAGCUAGGUCGUGAACAGUAAAGUUUGAUGGCUUUGAUUUGUUGGUAUUUAUUAGCUACGGUAUGAUGAUUAUAUCGACUAAAUUCAUCGAGUUAUUCUAUAUGAUCAAAAUGUCUUGUAUUUUCUUUUCUUUUUUAUGGGAGAAAGAAGGAUGAUGGUAUCUGGAUAAUAAGCAUCGAGUAACGACCAUGAUCAACAACAAUAUGGUAUAGAUAUUCAGAAGCGGCUCCAGAAUUUUGAGUUAGUUUACGGUGUUAUUCGUGAAUUAUUUAUACAUAUUAAGUGGACUUCUUAAUAGAAAUAGAGUACUGGAUGUAAUUGUGCGAAGCUAAACUAUAGGAUUCUGCAGUAACUAAAACUCUAGCUCCGUCCUUCUAUCAAAUCAUUAUCUUCAUUGGUUGGUUUAACUUUUCUUUUUUAAGUUUCUUUUUAACUUCCUAAUAUGUUUUCAAAGUUAGAUUUAGUUUUGUGUAUUUUUCUUGAAUGGCUUUGUCUUUGGUGUGACAAAGUUUGACAUGUUUUGUUCUAAGAAGACAAAUUAGUUGGCAAAAAUCAAAAUCUAUAAGAAAACCAAGGAAAGCAUGGGACGUUAAUAUUAGUGUCUCGAUGCAUGUAAUUUUUCUAACGUCUUAUAUUAGCACCAUGUUGUAAAAAUAAAAAAUAAUGUUGCAGUAAAG